AUGUCGGCUCCGGUAGCGAUGGAUCGAGAAAAAUGGAGCUGGAAAUUGGAUUUUCUAGCAACAAACAUCGGUUUUGUAGCGUGUUUCGAGAAUAUGUGGCGCUUCCCUUAUCUCUGCUACUAUUACGGAGGCGCCUUGUUCCUCAUCCCGUAUGUCUUGUGUGUGUUCUUCAUCGCGAUGCCUCUUCUGUUCUUGGAGAUGGCUCUUGGCCAGUACACCUCUUCGGGAUCCCUCAAAGCUUGGAGGAUUAGUCCACUUUUUAGGGGUAUUGGCAUAGCUUCUACCGUGGUACUGUUUUGGCGUGGCAUCAUGUGCAACGUCAUCUUGGCUUGGACUCUGUAUUACCUCUACAGCUCCUGUAUUGGUUUUGGGAGUGAUUUUCCUUGGACGAGAUGCGAUCAGUCAUGGAACACAGCCAAUUGUCUUGAAUCUGGAUACGAAUGGGGAUGCGUCAACGGAACGUACAUUCCUGUCAACAGAUACGAUAGACCACCGGACUACUAUUACUUCGACUUCGACAGUGAA